AUGACGUCCCAGGCCUUGCAGUGCGACCGCGACGGCGCGGAGAUCACCCGUGGGGACGCCGAGUGCAGGGAGAAAAUCCAGGCGAUGCUCAAGGAGCUCUCCCUCCCGCCGGGGCUGCUUCCCGUGGAGGACAUAUCGGAGCUCGGCCUCAACCGCUCCACCGGGUUCUUCUGGGUGACGCAGAAGAGGAAACGCGAGCACGCCUUCAAGAAGAUCAAGCGGCAGGUGUCCUACGCCGCCGAGGUGACCGCGCUCGUCGACAACCGCAGGAUCAGGAGGAUCACCGGGGUGAAGGCGAAGGAGCUGCUCUUCUGGUUCUCCAUCGCCGAGAUCUAUAUCGACGAUCCCUCCUCGGAGAGAAUCACCUUCAAGACGGGACUGGGGCUCUCGAAAAGCUUCCCCGUCUCCGCCUUCGAGCUCGAGCAGGAGACCAACCCGGAUCCUCCUGCUGAAUGA